AUGGCCAUCAUUCGUUCAGCUGGCGUUUUAAAUUCUCAUCAUCCGGGUGUUGUUCUCGGACAAAGUAAAGCAUUUGCAGUGAUGGCUAUUUUGAUGAUGUGUUUCAUUGCAAUCGUUAGUGUGGAAGCUAAGAAGGAAGUGAUUGGACAAACAAGAAAGAAUCCUGUAAAGUUUGAUGGACCUGUGGUCGGUAUCGAUCUUGGAACGACCUUCUCUGUGGUUGCUAUUUACAGAGGCGAUAAAGUUGAAGUGAUCCCUAAUGAUCAAGGUAACAGAAUUACUCCUAGUGUUCUCUCAUUUGAUGAAGCAUCUGGUCAAAAACUUGUGGGUGAUGCUGCAAAGAACAAUGCUGUUCAAAAUCCACAAAAUACUUUCUAUGAUGUCAAGAGAUUGAUUGGUCGUCGUUAUGGUGAAGUUUUGAACAAGGAUGCCAAGCUCUUGUCUUAUGGUUUGGUGAAUAGAAAUGGACGUGUCUAUGUUGAUGUUCAAGGAAAACCAACAUCUCCUGAAGAAAUUAGUGCUCAAGUUUUGGUGAAAAUGAAGCAAAUUGCUGAAAAGUAUUUGGGUGAACCUGUCAAACACGCUGUUAUUACUGUUCCUGCCUAUUUCAAUGACCAACAACGUCAAGCAACCAAGGAUGCUGGUCGUAUUGCUGGUUUAAAUGUUGUUCGUAUUGUCAACGAGCCUACUGCUGCUGCUAUGGCCUAUGGUUUGUACAAGAAGAAGGAGGAGAAUGUUCUUGUCUUUGACUUGGGUGGUGGUACUUUUGAUGUUUCUCUCUUGACUAUUGAUCGUGGUGUUUUUGAAGUUAUUGCUACUAAUGGUGACACUCACUUGGGAGGUGAAGACUUUGACCACAGAACUGUUGAUUUAUUGAUUAGCUUGUUCACAAAGAAGCAUCCAGAAGUUCAACCUGAUCGAUUGAGAAAAGAUUUGAGAGCCUUCCAAAGAUUGAAGCGUGUUGCUGAAGAGGCUAAGAGAACUCUUUCAUCUGAAACUAGUACUAAGGUAGAAUUGGACAAUUUGAUUGAUGGUAUUGAUUUGUCUCUUACUUUGACGAGAGCUCAAUUCGAAAAUGCUAAUAAGGACUUAUUCAAGAAGACUUUGAUUCCUGUUCAACGUGUAUUGAAGGAUGCUAAUUUGGAAAAGAAGGAUGUUGAUGAAGUAGUAUUGGUUGGUGGUUCUACAAGAAUUCCAUACAUUCGUCAACAAUUGUCUGAAUUCUUUGAAGGAAAGAAGCUCAACUUUGAUGUUAAUCCUGAUGAAGCUAUUGCUGUUGGUGCUGCUGUUCAAGCUGCAGUGUUGGCUGGUACUAUUGCUGACAAGGAUAUUGUCUUGAUCGACGUUACUCCAUUGAGUUUGGGUAUUGAAACUGUUGGUGGAGUUAUGGCAACCAUUAUUCCAAGAAACACUCCAAUUCCAACUGAAAAGUCGGAUGUCUUUACCACUACUCAUGACUAUCAAACUCAAUUGUCAAUUCCAAUUUAUGAAGGUGAAAGACGUAUUACCAAGUUCAACAGAUUGCUUGGUGAAUUACAAUUGACUGAUAUUCCUCCUGCACCAAAGGGAGUUCCACAAAUUAAGGUUAUCUUCCAAUUGGAUACAGAUGGUAUUCUUAAGGUUAUUGCUGAAGAUCAAGCAACAAAGAAUAGAAAGGAAAUUGAAAUUAAGAAGGGAACAUUGACCGAUGAAGAAAUUGAGCAAAUGACAACUGAUGCUGAAAGCAAUGAACAAGAAGACAGAGAACUCACUGAAAAAGUUGAAGCCAGAAACAAGCUUGAAGCUUACAUUGGAACUUUGAGACAACAAUUAGCCACCAAGAACAUUGCUAAUCGUCUCAAGUCACAAGAUAAGAAUGCUCUCAUUGAGAAACUCCGUCAAGUUCUUCGUUGGUUGAAGCACCAAGGUGAAAGAGCAACUGUGAAAAAGGAACACUUUGUCGCUCAAUAUAGAAACUUGAGAAAGUUUGCUAGUCCAAUCUUCUCUAAGAUUUUCGGUGGUGAUCCAUUGGCUGAGGAGGAACUCUUUGGAGACGAAUUUGAUGAUGAUUUUGGAUCGGAUUCCACUGUUGCUGAUGAUGACGAUUUUGGUUUGAAGACUGACGAUGCACCAAUUAGUGAAGAUGACAAGCCAAUCAGUGAUGAUGAGAAACCAAUCAGUGAUGAAGCUCCAAAGAAGGACGAGUUGUAA